GGAGAGGAUUAAAACCGCCGGAGGUGAAGGACGCAGUUUUACUCCGUCUCGUACUGAAGGAAGAACAAACCCUGAGCUUUCUGUCGAAUUCAACGCGAGAAUAAAUCACCAAACGCAGGUAAAACAGCACUACUUUUCCGAAAGGGGGGAGUUUGCAGGAGCUUUAAUCGGCCUCUAGGUGUCACGAUGGGGCUCCCAGUCCAGGCGGCUGGCGGGGGGUGUUUGUCUCCCUCUAUCGUUAUCGAAAAUUUAGCAAAAAACAUUUAUAACCCAGAAGUUCAGGCUUCUGACCGACUAUUAAGCACUAUUGAACCUAUAUCAGACGGCAUUUCGCCCAGAUGACCUUUUUUAGCGCUAGGAUGUUUGUUUCAAUCUUUAGGCCAGGCGUCCAUUUUCUGUUUCUUCUCUUUGUUUCCUGUCUUUAGAAACCCGCCGUUUCUGCACGCGCACUUAGCCAACCAGCUAAUAUGCCUUUAAAACUUAACCAAUUUUCAGUCGUACCACACCCAAACAGCCCAAACAAGCAUUUAAAUUUACACACAACAUUUUCGUGUAAUUUAAAGUCGUGAAAUAUAUGACGUUUUCACAUAUUGUCGUGUUCGCGCCCCUCCUCGCGCAAUUAAACUAAAAAACGAAACAUUCGCUCGGUUCAGAAAAAAUAAAGUCCCGUUACUAAGGCCUCCUGUGCCGUUUGCUCUCCCAUUACAUCCGAAAAUGCGGUUGACAUUUGAAAUUACGUAAAACACCAAGUUUGUGAUGAUGUAGCAUUAGUUCCGUUCCUGCUAGCGUAUUGCGCAGAUUCAAAUCAAACGAGGAAGAUGCCAUUGCUAAAUGAUACCGAUGGCCCUUUUCGAUAAGUUAGACUAUCUUACGCUCCCGGACCCGAGCACGUAACGGGGAUUUAUCGCCCUAAACGCAGCUCAAUCGCCGCAGUUGUCGUUCUCCGCCCGCUCUUAUCGAAAGACUAACCUCAAGCAACAAACGACUGAGGGGAUAAAAACCGAGAGAGCUCCCUCUACAACCCGGCUGGUAGUGUUACAAAAACACGAUUAACCAUCUCAGAAUGCCCUCUUGCUGUGGAAAAUAAUAAGCGUGUUUAGAACGUGUGCAGGUUGAGCUAGUUAGUAAGAGUUGAGACAGGUAGCUCAUUCAUCGGAUGCAGAAAGUGGUGGAGACACAGGGGUAGAGAUAUGAUGUAUUCCUGUUUGGUUCAGGUAAUACCCAUGGAAGAGGGACCGAUUGAGGCAGUGGUGGAAGAGGCAGGGGAUGCUUUCAAGGCAAAAGAAUGUAAGACAUACCAAAGGCGGCGAGAGGAUGAAGAGGUGGGAGCUCAACUGCUGCAGGCUGCCGAGUUAGAGCAAGCCCAGGCUGAAGCAGAAGCUGUAGUGGAGGCCCAACAGCAACUGGUUGAAGGUGUAGUGAAUGUCAACAGCAUGAUGGUGAUGGAGUCCCUGGACCCUGCCUUGCUUCAGAUGAAGACAGAAGUUAUGGAGGCCGCUGUUGGAGCACCAGUUGGUGUGGCCGGUGCUGCCCAUGAAGCCACUGUCACCACUGUGGAUGACACUCAGAUCAUCACCCUGCAGGUGGUAAACAUGGAAGAGCAGCAGUUGGGGUUAGGAGAGCUGCAGCUGGUGCAAGUGCCUGUUUCUGCUGUGCCCGUCACCGCAGCCACUGUGGAAGAGCUACAGGGAACGCUGAUGGAUGAUGCUACUGCCAUGCCUAAAGAUGGAGAGCCUGUCAUCUGUCACACCCUGCCGCUGCCUGAGGGUUUUCAGGUGGUCAAGGUGGGUGCAAAUGGAGAGGUGGAGACUGUGGAGCAGGAUGAGCUCCAGGCCCAAGAAGAGCAGCCUCAACAGCAGGUGGAGGAGGAGAUGGCUGAAGCCCAAGCUGAUGACCCCACCUGGGCUAAAGAUCCAGACUACACACCCCCUGUCAAAAAGAUCAAGAAGGCAAAGAAAAGCAAACUGCGCUACAACACAGAGGGAGAUAAGGACAUGGAUGUGUCUGUUUAUGACUUUGAGGAGGAGCAGCAGGAAGGACUGCUGUCUGAGGUCAAUGCUGAGAAAGUUGUGGGCAACAUGAAACCACCCAAACCAACUAAAAUCAAGAAGAAGGGUGUUAAAAAGACAUUCCAGUGUGAGCUGUGUAGUUACACUUGCCCACGACGCUCCAAUCUGGACCGCCACAUGAAGAGCCACACGGAUGAGAGACCUCACAAGUGCCAUCUGUGUGGGCGAGCCUUUAGGACCGUCACCUUGCUAAGGAACCACCUCAACACCCAUACAGGCACCAGACCACAUAAGUGCACUGACUGUGACAUGGCCUUUGUCACCAGUGGAGAGUUGGUGCGACACAGACGCUACAAGCACACUCACGAGAAACCAUUCAAGUGCUCCAUGUGUGACUAUGCCAGUGUGGAGGUUAGCAAGCUGAAGCGCCACAUUCGCUCACACACCGGAGAGCGUCCCUUCCAGUGCAGCCUGUGCAGUUAUGCCAGCAGAGAUACCUAUAAACUGAAGAGGCACAUGAGGACCCACUCUGGAGAGAAGCCCUAUGAGUGCUACAUCUGUCAUGCACGUUUCACCCAGAGUGGUACCAUGAAGAUGCACAUCCUGCAGAAGCACACAGAGAACGUGGCUAAGUUUCACUGCCCCCACUGUGAUACAGUUAUUGCCCGCAAGAGUGAUCUCGGUGUACAUCUCCGUAAGCAGCAUUCCUACAUUGAGCAGGGCAGGAAGUGCCGUUACUGCGAUGCAGUGUUUCAUGAGCGUUAUGCCCUCAUCCAGCAUCAGAAAUCCCACAAAAAUGAGAAACGAUUCAAGUGUGACCAGUGUGACUAUGCAUGCCGCCAGGAGCGUCACAUGGUCAUGCAUAAACGCACCCAUACCGGGGAGAAGCCAUACGCGUGUAACCAAUGUGAUAAGACAUUCAGGCAGAAACAGCUCCUGGACAUGCACUUUAGGCGCUACCAUGACCCCAACUUUGUACCAACGUCCUUCGUAUGCACCAAGUGUGGCAAGACUUUCACUCGCCGGAAUACCAUGGCCAGGCAUGCAGAUAACUGCACUGGGAUGGAAUCUGCUGAUGGAGAAAAUGGAACUCCACCCAAGAGAGGUCGUGUUGGCAGAAAGAGGAAGAUGCGCUCUAGAAAGGAUGACGACGAUGACAGUGAUGAGCAUGGAGAGCCUGAUCUGGAUGAUAUUGAUGAAGAGGAUGAGGAUGAAGAGAUUUUUGAUGAUGAUGAUGAUGAUCACAUGGAUGUGGAACAGGCUCCACCCAGCGUUCCCAUCCCUGCUCCUGCUGAACCUCCUGUCAAGAGGAAACGGGGCAGACCCCCCAAGAAUGCACCCAAGUUUUCUCCUGCCACGCCUAGUCCAAAAACCACUGCAGCUACCGCUGCCAUAAUCCAGGUGGAGGAUGAAAGCACAGGGGCCAUUGAGAACAUCAUUGUGAAAAAGGAGCCUGAAGGCACUGAUCCAGUUCCUGUACCCGCCCAGCCGGUGGUGGAGGAGCUAGAGGCGGUCGAGGCUGGUGUAGAAACAGUGCAGAUAGCCGUCCCUGAAGCUGCACCUAACGGUGACCUAACUCCUGAAAUGAUCCUUAGCAUGAUGGACCGGUGAUCUGGAGACACAUCUCCACACACAGGCUGAUCACACAAACGCUUGCAGAUAUACACAUCCCUGUAUGUGUCCCAUAACUAUAUACACACUUGCUUACAUCUCUUUUCUCACCUCUUUCAACACCAUGCUUCUUUUCUUUUGUAUCCUCAUGUUUAUAACCAGAUGUCAAAGCAAAUUUUCUAAGACUUCAUGUUGUACUCCUGUUUACUAUAAAACCCAACUAAGUUCUUACAUUUUGUCUUUCAUAACAUUUAUACUCAUGAGGAUUUCAAAACCGUGCAUGGAAACACAUUUUCCUGUCAUAGCAUAGUUCCGCUGCAGAGUUUUUUUACUUUGAGGGGUGAGAGCGGGAAUGCACGGCAUCUCGAGACUUAACAUGCUGUGCUACAUGCAUAUAGACUUCUCUUUUCCCAGCUAAUCUGAUGUGUUUGUUUUUCCUAAUCAGACAUUGCCAUGGCAGUACUGAGAAACAAUAUCAUUUUGUGCCUGGUCAAGCCUUGAUAUCUAGAAUUGCUGUCACUGCUGUAGAAAUGGGUCAUUUUGACCCAACGGUCCAAGAAAAUCCUCUAAAUGUUUGACAUUUAGUCAAAAUGACGUUUAUUCACUGUUUACUCCUCGUGCUCCUUCAUUGGUCACAGGUGACGGUGUUAGAGAGAGUAGAAAUGUAGCCAUCUGAUUAUCAAGCCAGGGACAUCCAUUCACAUGUCUAAAACAGUUGAUAAAGAUGUACAGGUAAUCUUGGCUAGUCUUGCUUGUAAAUAACUUUUAUUUUUUGUUUUAUUAUGAUCAUUUUAAUCUUUUCUAGCGAUUUGAUGACCGGAAUGCUAGGGCAAUAGCUUUUAACAGUAGUUGUUUGAAAACACGCCACGCCACUGACGGCUUUCAAAUUACUAACUGGGAAAAAUGAGAGCCUGAGGAAUUAUGUAGGCUGCAUAAACCCCUUUUCUUUCGCUCCUUCUGUUGCUUAAAUCUUGCAAUUCAAUCUUGCUUGUCUGGGGGGGGGUUGCUUAAUGAUGAAGCUUAACGUUUUGUCGCCAUUUUAAGGUGACAAAAUUCCAAACUUAUGAAUUGGCCUCAAUGUUGGAUUUUGUAAAAGGAAGAAAACGGACAACUGGGGAAAUACAGCAAUGUGCAUGUCUCAUAAAUCACUUGAAACUUGUGAUGUGGUUGUGUUCACUACAACCAGCCCUAAAUAUUAAACUAUGUCCUGAAAUUUUAUCCAAGUACGAUUAUAUUUCGUAGGAUACUGAAAAUGAAAAAGAUGUCUUGCGGUUUACAAUAGGUUUAUCAGACCACAUCUAAUUUAAGUAGAUUAAUAUGGGUGUUUGAGGAAGAUAUUUUGAUACGACCUGUUUCUAGAAGGGGAAGUUUGGAUAGGAUAUUUGUAAAAAGUUUGUCACUUGUUAAAGUAAUGUCCUUAUAAUUUCUGAUCUCUUUUUUGCCGUUCUCCUUCAGAAUAAUGUUUUCCUCCAACAUGUAAUUGCAUUUAAAUCGCUUUCUUUUUUUUAAGCUCUUAAAAUUCUAGGUUAAUAUGCAUUUUGUUUUUUUACCUAGCUGUACUGUGUGAAUUUUACAAUGAUCACAAAACCAACCUUAUAAAGACAUUUAUUAUGGCUGAGUGGGGCAUAGAGGGCAGAUGAAGAAAGAUUGUGUGGAGAAUGUAUUGCUGUACAGCUAAAUAAAAAAAUAUUGUCCUA